GUUUGUUCUAAUGAUGAAUUAAUGUUUGCAGAAUCAUUUAACAAUAAACAUGAAAGAAGGCGAAAUUAGUCACUCCGCAGUUCGGAAUUGGUAUUUUGGGCUCAGAGUGUUUCAGCUGCUCUACAAUGUUAUUGUUAUAGUUGUACUUAUCUGGCUAAGGCUUGAUUGGGGAAUUACCAACUGGGUGUACACUGCUCAAUUCACAAACUUCUGGAGCGGGAUUUACAUAUUUUUUGCCGGCAGCUGCAUUGGUACGGUAGAAAGCAUUGUGGGGUUCUGUGCUCUCAUAAAUCUCAGCAUUAGACUUAUUAUAGUGGACCAAGUAUCCGGGCUGACCAGCCUACUGCUUCAGCUGGUUGGAUUGACCUGUAUGCUGACGGAUAGCCUCGGGAAACCAGUUGGAUGGAUACAGGAUCUUAUUAGAGAUCUUAUUGACCCGGCACAGAUGAACAAUAUCAUGGCCACAGAAAACUUUCUUCAUAACCUUUACAGGAUUGUUGAAUGCUGUGGUGCCCGGGGCCCUGAUGAUUAUCUAAUGUAUGACAGAUCUCCACCAAAUGCUUGCAUUGAUCGGUAUCAUGCAGGAGGAAUAUUUUUUAAACAAGGAUGCGGAGUCGGGUUUUCUACUUACCUAAAGGAAUGGAGUGCAGGUUUAGGAGCAACAGUUCUAGUUGGACUUAUUGUUCAGGCCAGUAACGUGAGCAAGGCCCGGAAAACCCUUGGUUUAAAGUAG